CUCGGCGCACUAGGUGUGAAUUUCCACGCCGCAGCAGGUGGUCACCUGGCGAGCAUGAUGCGAGAAGCAGGUUUCGUCAAUGUCACAGAGCGAGUGUUCCACGUACCUCUAGGAACGUGGCCCAAGAACAAGGUUCUGAAGACGGUGGGUCUCUACUGGCGGACGAUCCUGAUGGACGGGAUGCAAGCUAUUGCCCUAGGGCCCCUGACCCGGGGACUGGGGUGGAAUCGGGAACAGGUGGAAAUGCUCCUGAUUGACGUGCGGAGGGCUUACAGCAGCAACACGAUGCUGAUGUACAUGCCAUGCCAUAUUGUCUACGGCCAGAAGCCGGCAUAUGUAUGAAUGGAGAAUAAAUGGAGGAGGGUUUUUCUUCCUCUUGGAAAAGGAGACGCGUGCAUACACGCACCUACACACUGCGGUGCAUCCACGGAAGACCCACACGGAUUGAUGACGGGAAUACAGGAAUGGUUCCUUUCCGGUGAGAAACUCUACGGUUUCCUGGGUGGUGAGGGGUGUGACCCACUAGUUCGUGAGGCGCAACGUGAGGCGCAACGUGCCGGACCGCUGGAACGUGGGGCCAUGGUGUGGAAAUUAGUCGACUCCAUCGCGCUGAGACUUGCGGAUGUUGGUGGGCUGGUGUUGCGACGGGUGCUAGGACUAUCCUGGGACUAUUCUGGGUCGGGCAUUGACCUAUUGUCGAGACGAGGAGGCAUGACGGAUCAUGCGAUGGAGAAGAAUGGCGAGCUUCGCGGACACAUGUUUAACUUUCAACUACGGAUGCGGCCAAGUGCGGAACUACAGGCCUCUCUACUGGCGUUCCCCUGGCUGGAUCAUGGAUGUACGGAUAGCGCACUAAGAGACGGACACUGGAGCGGACACUGGUACGGCCCUUAGAUCCCGGGGUUCUUGGCGUGAACCCAAUUUAACUGAUCUUCCUGAUUCCUGUUCCCCCUUGGGCGGUUUUCCGGCUUUGCUACUCUGCGACGGCACCAUCGGAGAUUUCCAUCAUCAAUUGCUUACUUUUGUUUUGUGCGCAACAC